UAGCUUAUCAAUUUUGGGACAGAGGGAGUAUUGAGUUUGAUAAUUUUUUAAUUAGUCCUUAAUUUAAGGAUUAGUUGAGUUAUAUGUAUUUUUUUUUAGGAUUUAGUAGAUCAACCAAUUCCGGCACUCGUUCGCAGGCUAAAUCAUCUUCACCGACUGCAAUAUUAACUGCGUACCUUUUCAUGGAUGAAACCAAUCAAUAUAUUCACCAGAUUCAACUCUACCUUUUCUGCAGCAAUCACAAAACCCUUUCAAAUCCCUCAACAAUCCCUUCUUCUAGAAAGAAAAAGAAAAGAUUUUCAAAUAUCUUCAAACUUUAUAAACACUAGUCUCACCCUCUCUAACUGUGGAAAAGAUGGUAAUUUUCGUCUCGGGUCUUCUAUUCAUGCUUCCAUUAUCAAGAACCCUUAUUACUUUUACCCAUAUGCCCAAUCCAAUGAUCGUAAUAUCCUCGUUGUUUGGAACUCUUUGGUUUCUAUGUACUCGAAGUGUGGGAAAAUAUAUUAUGCAGCCAAACUGUUUGAUGAGAUGCCAAUGAAAGAUACAGUUUCAUGGAAUUCGUUGAUAUCGGGUUAUGUCAGGAUUGGGGAAUUCGAAAAAGGGUUUAAUGCUUUUAAGAGAAUGAGAGGUUCGGCUUUGAAUAGGUUUGAUCGGGCGACAUUAACUACUAUCUUAUCUGUCUGUGAUAAACCCAGUAUGCUUUAUGUGUGUAAGAUGAUGCAUUCUUUGGCGUUUCUUAAUGGUUAUGGGAUGGAACUUUCUGUUGGGAAUUGUUUAGUUACUUGUUAUUUCAAAUGUGGGUGUUCGGGGUCGGGAAAGAGGGUGUUUGACGAGAUGUGCGAGAGAAAUGUUAUUACUUGGACAGCGGUAAUUUCUGGUCUAGCUCAAAGUCGGUUGUUUCAAGAGAGCUUGGGUUUGUUUUUUGAGAUGUGUCAUGGGGAUGUAGAGCCUAAUUCUUUGACGUAUUCGAGUUCGUUAACGGCGUGCUCUGGUUUACGUGUACCAAGAGAGGGUCGUCAGAUUCAUGGGCUUGUAUUGAAAUUAGGACUUGAAUCUGAUUUGUGCAUUGAAAGUUCACUUAUGGAUAUGUACUCUAAGUGUGGUUUUGUGGAAGAUGCUUGUCAAAUCUUCGACUCUGCUAGAGAAAUUGAUGAGAUUUCCAUGACAGUAAUUCUCGUGGGUUUUGCUCAAAAUGGAUUAGAAGAUGAAGCUCUACAGGUAUUUAUUAAAAUGGUGAAAGCUGGUAUCAAGAUCGAUGCCAACAUGCUGUCAGCUGUUCUUGGUGUGUUUGGUACUGAUACAUCUUUAUCUGUAGGGAAGCAAAUUCAUUCUCUGGUGAUCAAGAAAAAUUUCAGCUCGAGUCUUUUUGUCAACAAUGGUCUAAUCAAUAUGUACUCCAAGUGUGGUGACUUGACUGAGUCUAUCAGUAUCUUUAGUCAGAUGGAAGAAAGAAAUGCAGUCUCUUGGAAUUCUAUGAUUGCGGCUUUUGCACGUCAUGGCUUAGGCUUUGAAGCGCUUAAAUUGUACGAAGGGAUGAGUUUAGAAGGAAUAGAACCAACUGAUGUAACAUUUUUAUCAUUGCUUCAUGCUUGCAGCCAUAUCGGGUCAAUUCAAAAGGGUAUGGAAUUUUUGAAAUCUAUGUCUAAACUGCAUGGAAUCAACCCACGGCUGGAGCAUUAUGCAUGUGUAGUUGACAUGUUGGGUCGAGCAGGAUUGUUAAAUGAAGCUAAGAAUUUCAUCGAGAGUUUACCUAUGGAACCAGGGGUUUUACUCUGGCAAGCCUUGCUUGGGGCUUGUAGCAUUCAUGGAGAUUCAAAGAUUGGUCAAUAUGCAGCGGACAAAUUGCAGUUAGCUGCACCGGAGAGCUCAACUCCUUAUAUUUUGAUGGCUAAGAUUUAUUCUUCUGAAGGAAAAAAAGCAGAAAGAGCCAAUGUUAUAAGGAAAAUGAAGGAGAUGGGAAUAAAAAAGGAUACAGGUUUAAGUUGGAUUGAGAUUAAGAAAGAGGUUCACAAGUUCACUGUUGAUGACAGAAUUCACCCACAACAUGAGAUAAUCUACGAUACCUUAGGCCACUUGUUUUGGGUAAUGAAAGAGGAAGGUUACGUGCAAGAUAAAUGUUACUCAGUCAAUGAUUUUGGUCAAGAGACAGAGUUUGAGUAUCUAACAAUUUAGCUUCUGAACCAAAAUCUUCGCGAGGGAUUCAAAAUAUAAGGAUGCAAAGAUUACCUGCUCGAAACAGGUUUUCAGCAUACAGUAUAUAGAAGGGGAGAGGCAGCUAAUUUGAUGGUGGUAAUGUAAUUCCUCUUGGAUCAAUCCUUGUUUAGUUGAACAUCGUGUAGGUGGUAGAGAUACUCAAGCUAGAGUUCUGGUGAUUAUGCUACUGUUAUCAGUCAAAACCCGGAUAAUGGAACUUCAAGAAGAAAGCUAGAAGCUUCCUUCUGUAGCCAAGUUAAUAUUACUGAGUGGAGGUAGGGCUGAGAAGUCCAUCUUGGAGGCAGGAAAUGCUUACAACAAAUACAAUUCUUCUGGUCCAAUGUUCGUGUUGUUGCUACGAAUCUAGUUGAGCAUCCUCAUAGAGGAGGUAUCCACCAGCAUAUUGACUUGCUGCUGCUACUGCUGUUAAGGCCGAAAACGCUGAAGUUAGAAAACUAUGUUCUCUGGUUUAAAGUCUUGGUAUGUUUCUUCCAAAUAUUUCGAGUUUUGUUUCCAAGUUUGAGACCGGUGGAUUGGUUACUUCCAAGUUUGAACCGCGGAAGGUUCUUCGAGUAUGAAUAAAACAAACGAAACGAAUUCGAAAGGCUAUGCACAAAGUUGAACUUCUGUUAUCCAAUUCUUUGAAUAUUUACUGCAAGUUUCAAUGAAAGAUUGCUAGAACGGAUUGAUUAACAAUGUAUAAAGAAUACAUAUACAUCGUUAACUUUUUGUUGCUUCAUUUCAUCACCUAGAAAUCUUUUUCAUAUGA